AUGAGUAAACUCAACAGUGAGCUGCUGGCGCAAGCCGUGGACAACAUCCUGGCGUUCUCUGCCGGUGAGACCGUGACGAUCAAUGGCACGGAGCACAAGGGCAAGAAACGCAACUUUAACGAGACCAUUGAGCUCCAGAUUGCGCUCAAGAACUACGACCCGCAGAAGGACAAGCGUUUCAGCGGCACGUUCAAGUUGCCGACGGUCCCUCGUCCCAACAUGAAGAUCUGCGUGCUUGGUAACGCCAUCCACUGUGAAAUGGCCGAGAAGGAGAACUUUGAGUACAUGACCGUGGAUGAUCUCAAGAAGUUUAACAAGAACAAGAAGGUGAUCAAGAAGUUUGCCAAGAAGUACGACGCCUUCUUGGCGUCUGACACGCUGAUCAAGCAGAUCCCUCGUCUGUUAGGUCCGGGUCUGAACAAGGCCGGCAAGUUUCCGACGCUCGUGACGUCCAAUGAUUCGCUCACGGAGAAGGCCGAGCAAGUGCGUGCGACCAUCAAGUUCCAGAUGAAGAAGGUCAUGUGCUUGAACGUGGCCAUUGGCCACGUGGGACUCGAGAAGCAGAAGAUUGUCGUGAACACGCAGCUCGCCGCCAACUUUCUGGCCUCGCUCCUGAAGAAGAACUGGCAGAACAUCAAGGUGCUGUACCUCAAGUCCACGAUGGGGCCUGCCGUGCAGAUUUUCUUCUAA